AUGUCUAAAUCAUCGGACAGAAGACUCGCGGGAGGUUCUAGGGCAGCCAGCUACCUCCAUGGGGCACAAAAGAGUGGUCAAUAUGAAGGUCAUUUUCAGAACAAAACUCGACCGGAAAUUGUUCAAAACCAAGCUCGACCGGAUACUGUUCACCAACGUGGUCAAUAUAAUACUUCCGGUAAAGUUUCUAAAGUUUCUGAUAAACUUCCACAUAAAGGUUCUGAAAACUCGCCUUAUUCAAAGGUUUCCAAACCAAGCAAGACAGUUCGCCGCAGUGCCAAUGGCAAAUCUUGGAAAGAUGACACGUUGGUGGAAUGGGAUCCCAACCAUUUUCGGCUCUUUGUGGGCAAUUUGGGCCCCGAUGCAAACGACCAACUUUUGGUAGAAGCGUUUGAAAAGUACCCUUCUUUUGUUAAGGCAAGGGUUCCGCGAGACAAGCGCACAGACAAGAACAAGGGGUACGGAUUUGUGGCUUUUUCCAGUGCUGAAGACUAUCUUCGUGCCUUUAAAGAGAUGAACGGAAAGUAUGUGGGACUUCAUCCGGUUCAGUUGAAACGAGCUGAAACGCAGGUGAAGCCAAGAAAAAGGUAG